CCGCCCACAGUUCCCUUGGUCUCCAACUCCCCGCCACCCCUGCAGCCAGCUGCCCGGCUCUUGCCUGCAUGGCCCUGUUGGCGGCAUUACUCCUGAGCGCAGCCCUGGGCGCCCUACUCAGCUUCGCGCUGCUGGCGGCUGCGGUCGCCAGCGACUAUUGGUACAUCCUGGAGGUGGCGGACGCUGGUGGCCCCGGUGGUGCGCAGCAGCUCUACUCGCAUUCUGGGCUUUGGCGUACCUGCGAAGGGCAGAACAGCUGUGUGCCCCUGAUCGACCCGUUUGCCAGUGACAGCCUGGAAGCUUCUCCCUCCAUACAGCACCUCCUCUCGCUGCAUCGCACGGUCAUGGUAGUCCUGCCCCUGAGUCUCAUCCUCAUCGUGUGUGGCUGGGUCUGCAGCUUGCUCAGCUCCCUGUCCCGGAGUGUACCUCUGCUGCUCCUUACCGGCUGCUACUUCUUGUUAGGAGGCGCCCUGACGCUGGCAGGGGUCAGCAUCUACGUCAGCUACUCACACCUGGCCUUUGUGGAGACGGCUCGUCUGUAUGGCGUGCAGCACGUGCAGGAUGUGCACAUCAGUUUUGGCUGGUCACUGGCCCUGGCCUGGGGCUCCUGCGCCUUGGAGGUGCUCAGUGGUGCGCUCCUGCUCACAGCUGCCCGGUUCCUUAGCCUGAGCCAGCGCCCAGGAGUGCCCCACUCUGUGAUCAUCUGAGUCCCAGGGUAACAGGGUGGUGGGAAGAAGGAAGGAAGGCUCAGUCACCCCUGACAUUUGCUGGACUCCUGGCUGGGAAGCUGCCUCCGGGGCGGGG